GAUUGAGAUGUUAGAAGGAGCAGUCCGUUUUCUCAAGUUAGUCAGUUUUAGAACAGCCUUGAUUAUUGCUGAAGUAUACGUUUAAUUAUUUUAUAUGCGUGAUUUCUUCGUCGUGUGGUGUCCAUAAGGAAUACAAAAAUGUCCCUGAAGGUGAGAAUAAACUAGAAUUUCCUACCUCAGUUCGACUAUUUGGAAGACCACCGUCGAGGAGCGUGCAACUGUAAUGGCCCUCAAGAAUUGCCGAUUGCUCAGUGGCUUCAUUUUGGGAGCCUUGGCAGCUCUGAUCUGGCCAUACAUUUCGCCAACAGUAAACGACCUCACGGCGCCUCCCAAAGACCAAGAUUCAUCUUGCCAAGACGCGGACUCCUUGCCUGAGUGGCGUUUCCUAGUGUCACGCGUUCCUUUCACUGAUGGAGACGACCAGCCCGCACUUCAGUUAGUCUUCAAUGUCGGGAACUCAAUGGCAAAAGUUGUACAGUCAGAUUCACAAGUCGUUGUGAGUGCUAAAGAAGCCGUCGGUGCCCUGGAUGUCUACGAAGGAGCGACGCUAACUUUCACGGACCAGACCUACACUGUCGGUGCCGCUGCCGAUACCCGUACGGCUGCUGCUGUCGCCUGCUACAGACAGAGCACGUUCGUGAUGAUCAAGCCUGACGCGAUGCAGCGUGCUGGUGAAGUCAUCAGCAGGAUCGAGGAGAUCGCUACUCUGCGCAUCGCUGACAUGCGCCUGGUCGCACUCCAGCCUAGCAUGGCACGUCUCUUCUAUGCUGAACACAGCCAGCGAACAUUCUUCGAAGACCUCGUCUCAUACGUGACGAGUGGCCCAAUCCUGGCCAUGCGCCUCGUGGGGCCAGAUGCCAUCAAGGUGUGGCGAGAGGCCCUGGGACCCACAGACUCCAACGAAGCGCGCCGCUCCGCCCCGGGGUCGGUGAGGGCUCUCUUCGGCACCGACAAGCAGCGCAACGCAGCACACGGCUCGGACAGUCGUGAAGCUGCUGGCAGGGAAUUGGCAUUUUUCUUCAAAGACACCGUAGACGGCAUUUGUUCAACGUCUGAGCCUCUCACAGAACUGAGCUGCCUUGUUCUACCUCACGUCUUGAAAGACAGGGCGCUGGGGUCGCUGUGGAGGAGCCUCCACCAGCACCACGACUGCACCCCUGCGAGAGCCGAGCUCGUGCGUCUCAACUACAUCGAUGCUUGGCGAUACGCCACAGCCACACUACUCCCGAGAACGCCGCCUACGCCGCAACAAAUGGAUGAAAUGCAAUCAUUGUUGUCGGGCCCUGCGGUCUCCUUGCAUCUGAAGUCCAGUCGCCCUGAAGAGACGAGAAGCGAAUUUCUGCAUCGCUUCAAGGACAUCAUCGGUCCCCGCAACCCGGCAAAAGCUCGGAAGGCGGCAGUGGAGAGCAUCAGAGCAAAUUUUGGUCAAACGAACACGACGAGCGGCGUCUUGUGUCCCUGGUACGACUGGCUGAUAUGAAUAUCGUGUCUCAAGUUGAUUUAUGGAAGUGAAGAACAAAUUCAUUUAUUGAGAAAAUAGACUAAUAUUCAUUCAUUUUAAUGCUCUGGAUCACAUGAUUAAAGCUAGACUUUAAAUCAAACUACGUCGUUUUUUGUUCACCAAGCGUUGAAGUAUGUCGAUCCAAUCAUUGACUCUAAAAUCCUCAAAGCAAGUAGUGAAGCCAGCAUGCGGGUCAUGACCUCAAGAUUGUUCCCUAUUUCUAAUCAAUGGUCAUGAUGAAUUUACGACUUAUACGUAGCCGGUCGAACACAAUAUCUAAAACUAUUCGGAGAAAUGAUGCGAGGCUGAUGUCAAAAUUUUUUACUCAAUCCAAAAAGGUAAUUCGACAUAGCAAGUUCUUCGAAAGAACAUCGCUCCCAUAGUCGACAAUCAGCCAUUCCGCCGCCCACGCGUAAUUGAAGCCAAGUGAAAAUUCCACGUAUUCAAAUUUCAUCAACUUUUCUACAAUUUUUGAAAAUCAAUUUUCUUUCAGACAAGUAGUAACAAUCAAUGCGCGUGGAUGUCGGAACGGAUGCAACUCCAAGUUAAUAAAACAAUUCAA